AGUGCAAGUUCAUGACGUCCCAUCACGAUAACCGUGUUGUCUCGUAUAAUAUCAUUGUUAAAAUCUGCUAAGUUAGUCACGUAUCAGUGGUUGAAUAUAUUUCAUUUGUCAGAGUAUCAGCGACAAGACAAUGGUGUUCCUAACGUUUGAUAAGAGGGCAAUGGUUACUUUAUGUAAAUAUGGUUAAUAUUGAGCGUAUGAGAUGUAUGCAGACGAUGGACAUUUACUAACCGAAGAGGUGUCGGAGAGAUGUGCAUCCCAGUGUGAAUUUUUAUUGGUACUUUUUCACUGCGGUCAAAUGGCAAGUGGUAACGAAAAUUGAAUGGAUUUGGAUGGCGUAAGGUUGUAAGAAUACCUAAAACACAAGAUCAUGUGAGCUGUCUGACCUACGUAACUGUCCAUCAGCAGUAGCUAUCACUUCCUUACGUGGCUAAAGAAUGCAUCGUUUGUCUGACAGAGAAGACAAUUUAUACUACCGGUGUGGCGAUUCGCGGCUGACCAACGCAAGCAGCUGAGCAGUUGGUUUGUGCGGUAGGAAGAUAAGAAACAAACGACGGGAGAGCAGAUUGUUUUCACUGACAGAUACAAAUAAAUCCCCUACUUAUACGGCAAGCAACUGCAAUAUUCAACGGCAGCGCCAUACAAUUUGCGGAUUUGAUCUCACUGAUGAUUUAACUAGGAGACUAAUGCAAUGUUAAAUAAGGCACAAAAGCUCAUACUGGGGAUCGUUUUGCUGGUAAUCGUCGACAUCAUCUGGGUAUCAUCCAGCGAGCUAACAAAGUUUUUAUACGAAAAUGAAAACUACGACAAGCCAUUCUUUUGCACCUACUUUAAGGCGUCAAUGUUCACAAUUUACCUGGUGUUCCUGGGGCUUAUUGCGCCAUGGAAGGAAAGCUGCAACCGAACUGGCAAUUACGCGCUGAUGGAGAACGUGGAGGAAGAGGACAACUUUUAUGGGAAUGGGACAUCAAGCCUGAGUGAUUCCUCGUUCAUUCCGAUCAAAACUGAGGCACAGGUGUCUGGAACGGAGAGUGAUGAUUCCAGCAUACGAAGCGUUCGCUUCAGCAAAGUAGCAGAGGUGCGAGAAAUGUCACCUCAUGAAGCGACUGAGGCACUCAUGUCGCGGCUUUCGUAUGCGGCCAGCCUGCGAGUGCGUCGCCAAAAAUCACACCACAAAACGGCACGAACGGCGCUGAUGUUCUCCAUUUUGUGGUUCAUAGCAAACUAUAUGUUUCAAUUAGCCUUAGAACCAAGUGAAACGGCGAUGGUGACAUUGCUGAGCUCGACUUCCAGCUUUUUCACGCUAAUUCUAGCGGCGAUGUUUCCUUCGUCCUGCGGGGAUAAGCUCACCGUUUCUAAAAUAUUUGCAGUGCUCUUCAGCAUAUCUGGCGCGGUUAUGGUUUCGCUAUCCGAAAUCAACGAACCCAAGAUGACCCGAGGAAUCGUGUUAGCUAUCAUGAGCGCCUUCUUUUACGCCUCCUACUUGGUGCUUGUCAAGCGGAAAAGCGAUACCGAAGAGCGGAUCAAUAUUCCAUUGUUCUUCGGGUUUGUUGGUAUGUGGAAUCUCUUGCUGCUAUGGCCACUGCUGUUCGUACUUAAUUUUUCUCAGCUGGAGGUGUUUGAGUUACCUUCGCGGAAACAGUUUCUAGUGCUGUUUCUUAACGGUUUAAUCGGAACGGUACUGUCCGAGGCCCUAUGGCUGUGGGGUUGUUUUCUGACAUCGUCACUGAUCGGAACAGUCGCCAUAUCGCUACAGAUUCCAAUGGCGAUGCUAUUCGACAUGUUAAUACACGGAAAGACUUAUCCAUUGAUGUUUUAUCUGGGUUCAUUGCCGAUGUUUGUAUCAUUGGUAUUCGUAGCUUUUCUAGUAAAAUUUGACGACUGUGAUCCGUUGCUCAAAUUUUUCAAAUUGAUUUAUCGUCGUUUGCGAUAUUGCCGAAAACCGAACAUUGUCCGGAUACCGGACCUAGAGGAGCAGCAUGAAUCGUUAAUCGAUGAUAGCCACGAGAACUAGCCGGAAGAGUUUUAUGGAGUUGAUUUAUAUACAAAGUAGCGUGAGUAUAGCCGGAACCCAGUCAACAUCAGUGCAGAGAAUGGCAAAAGGAAUUGCUUUUGUGUAGUCAGUAAAAAUAGACCAAUGUUUUAGGUUAAUGUUUUGUUUUUGUCAUUGUGAUAUUAAAUAUUUUAAAAAAGUGAGUGCUCGAUAGCAACAAAUUUCAAAUAAUAGACUGUGUUUGCUUGCGCAAAACAUUAAAUAACAUUGAGGUUUAUCAAACAAUUAUAAAUAUUUUGAACUUCAUUCCUAAACGUUGAAUGUUCUGGAAGAUCUUCCUGAAGCUGUGUCCGGGUGCACCUAAUUUGUUAAAGUUGCACACUUUUAAUGCCAAAGUUGAUUACCGUUCCUCGUAAGUAUUCAUACUUAUGGCAUUCAUCAAACCGUUUAUUCUAAUUUAUUGUAUUUCAUAUGCUUGAAACGAAAUAUUUCACUUCAGCGAAAUAUUUCUUUGCAACAGAGGCAUUCGUUAGCAUGUUCAUAAUUGUUUCCAAUGAGAUUUAGUGAAAACUUUUCACUAAAGCAGAUACUUAUUCACUGUAUCCGUAUUAGACAAAAAGUACAAUUUGUUGAAUCGGAAAUAUGAAACCUCCAACUGUUGAAAUAGGAAAAUUCAAUGUUUAUUUUGCUUCAAAUUUCUUUUUGGGUUUCUUUUCUAUGGUGAAAUGAUCUAUAAAUUGUUUUUUUCGUAAUUGAUUGGUUUGAUGGACUUGCUUGAAUCAAGCCAAAAAUUGUGCAAAGCAGUACACAAACGUCGUCUUAUAAUUUUUUUCAAUGGUGCAGACUUGAAAAACUAGAGUAAGUUUUCCGUAUGUUAAAGACCUUAUUUAUCCUUAUAGCUUGUGUAAUGUCUUGUAAAUAAUGAUCUGUCGAUAUAUUUUUCAAUGUUACUUCUCAAGCGUUCUCAACUGUGACUAUGUUUACGUGAUUAAAAACUCCUGUAAUCCAGGUGAGAAGUGCUGAAAAAAGUAUGUACAAGCGUUAGAUAGAAAUACUUUAAGCACACAUAUAUGAUGCAUUUCAGAAAUGUUUUCGUUGGAAUCAGCACUGGUAUGUAGGAGUAAUAUUUCAAAUUUGACGCGUAAUUAGACGCUGCCUAAUCUGAUCAACCUAGAAACCGGUGCUGAGUUUGAGAAUAGUCCUGCAAUCAUAAGGUUUGGUGUCUAUCUCAUGCAAGUCAAGGAAAUCGAGCGUCACCAUCUAGAGUAUAACACCACUCAAAGUAUUCGAAUUCAUAUACAUUUAAUGUAUAUUUUUGUGGAAAUUAAUUGUUAUUCUAAUGUAUGUGUUAAUAGUGUAAGCUAAAUGAUAACAAACAUUCUCCUCUCGUUCCGUUGUUAUUUUCCUAACUGCUAAUGAAAACUCACUAAUUAUGAGAAGCACUUACCUACACUUUCUCUGUGUGUAUACACUACGAUGUAUUUAUCCACUCGACAUCUAUAUUAUAGAAAUAUAUACUUUAUUUUUACUAUCACCUAGCAAGCACAACAUAACGCACUGUAUACCCAACCAACCAUUCCUAUUUAGGUUAGGUCGAUGAAAGUCUAAUUUGUGAUACCAUAGUUAAGAUAUACAGUACAUAGGGCACUCUUACAAAUAGCGGAUAGAACAAUAUCUGUUUUUACCCGUACUAGCGAGGGUUGGAUUUUAUUCCGUAGAAAAUCUAGAAAUAAGAUCAGAUUGUUCACUGAAAAACAAAAUCAAGAAUUGAGCGAGUAAAUUAAUUACCCAAAGUGUAUUUCUCUCUGCGAAACCUACUGAUUCACGAACAAUAACAAACUGGUUGCGACCUCAUCAGCGAGCGAAAAAAAAGUGGUUUAAUCACAAUGACACACAAACAUUCAGAUUUUACACCAACAAUAGACCGAUUCGUUUGUCUGAAA